GUGGUGCGAAGAUGGAAAAUCCACAACAGUGGAGACAUUAUUCCAAUAUCUUCGUCGUUGUCACUUACCUCGGCAAUCAUCUGCAUGACAGCCGCCCACGUCGGACCGGAUUGCGUCACCACGGCGUUGGCGAGCUCGACAAAUACCAAGCUCAUCCUCACCUUGCAGUGUUAGUCAGUCAAUCUUGUUGCUUGCUUGUCUCCUCUCGCUUCGGCGUUUGUUCUCCGGUAGCUUGUGCGCAAUUCUUCGUUGCCCUCGCAGAAAGGACUGGGUCUGAGAAAGUGACGGGAGUAUAGUGAGGAUUGGAGUCGAAACGCGAGAGGUUUGUUUGCAGCUAUGGCGACGCUUCAAGCUGCUGUUGCGCCCUCGGCUGCUUCCUUCGCUUCUAGCACUCGCGCCGUAGUCCCGAAUGGAGAGUGUGUCUCUGCAUUGGCGCCUCGGGGCAGUCAGUGCUCACGAGGCUUGGGUCGCGCUGCUUCGAGCGGGCGCAGCAUUUCGUUGAAGUCGUUCGAUGGCCUGCGAGGGUUGAAUGGCGGAGGCUUGGUGUCCGCUGUGGAGGCCCUGAGGAGUGAGAGGAGUGUUGUGGAGGAAGGAGUGGGAUACCAGCCGCUUCGAGUUUAUGCUGCGAGAGGGAGUAAGAAGAUUGAGGGGCGUAAGCUGCGAGUGGCGGUCGUGGGAGGUGGUCCAGCGGGCGGGUGCGCCGCGGAGACGCUUGCCAUGGGCGGAAUCGAGACGUUUUUGAUUGAGCGGAAGUUGGAUAAUGCGAAGCCGUGCGGGGGAGCGAUUCCGUUGUGCAUGGUGGGAGAAUUUGAUUUGCCUCCCGAGAUCAUUGACCGCAAAGUGACGAAGAUGAAAAUGAUUUCUCCCUCCAAUGUCGCGGUGGAUGUGGGCAAGACGUUGAACGAUGAUGAGUACAUUGGCAUGGUGAGGCGUGAGGUGUUGGACUCUUUCCUCCGGGAGAGAGCCCAGAAGAACGGGGCUACUAUCAUCAAUGGACUUUUUCUGAGGAUGGAAGUGCCGAAGGAUAAUGACAGCCCUUACAAACUCCACUACACCAAUUUCGACGGCUCGUCAAAGGUUGGGACACCAGCUGUGUUAGAGGUGGACGCUGUGAUUGGAGCCGACGGUGCGAACAGCAGGGUAGCAAAGGACAUUGACGCUGGGGAGUAUGAUUAUGCCAUUGCGUUUCAAGAGAGAAUCAAAAUUCCGGCGGAUAAGAUGGAGUACUAUGAGAACUUAGCAGAGAUGUAUGUGGGCGACGACGUGUCACCGGAUUUCUACGGGUGGGUGUUUCCGAAAUGCGAUCACGUUGCCGUGGGGACAGGAACGGUCAUCAACAAGCCCUCUAUCAAGAAGUAUCAGACCGCGACGAGGAACCGUGCUAAGGAUAAGAUUGCCGGAGGGAAGAUCAUUAGGGUGGAGGCACAUCCUAUUCCAGAGCACCCGAGACCUCGCAGGGUGAGCAGCCGAGUGGCAUUGGUCGGAGAUGCGGCAGGGUACGUAACGAAGUGCUCCGGAGAGGGCAUCUACUUCGCAGCCAAGUCCGGGCGCAUGUGCGCGGAGGCCAUAGUGGAGGGAUCAGCAAAUGGAACGCGCAUGGUGGAUGAGUCGGAUUUGAGAGUGUACUUGGACAAGUGGGACAAGAAGUACUGGGCGACUUACAAGGUGUUGGACAUUCUGCAGAAGGUAUUCUACAGGUCGAACCCAGCGCGGGAGGCAUUCGUGGAGAUGUGCGCGGAUGAUUACGUGCAGAAGAUGACAUUUGACAGCUACCUGUACAAAGUGGUGGUGCCUGGAAAUCCUUUGGACGAUAUCAAGCUGGCGGUCAACACGAUCGGCAGCCUCAUCAGAGCCAAUGCGUUGCGCAAAGAGUCUGAGAAGAUGACAGUCUGAGUGUCUUGAGUUUCGAUUAGUCGGCAGUGGGCAGACCACGCAAGAAUGUAACAUUUGUAGGAGUAUUUUAUCUUCGACUACUGCGGGCACGAUCCUGCAACCAGUGCUGAGAUGAUUGUCGCUGGAGAGCAGCAUCCGAAUACGUGUAAAGAGUUAAAUAUUAACCAGGAAGGGAAGGCAUUCGUGAGAAGUAGGGACGCAUUUUGGUCAUUUCAAUCGGCUUACUUCAAGCUAUAUAAUAUAAGCUGCCAUGAGCUUCUGAUUCCUUGAAAGCUGAAUUUCA